GAUUUUGUUCUGCUGAUUUGUGUGACUCGUAGAUAUCAAGCGGAUUGGAGACUUUCGUAUUUUCUUCGAGCUAUAUGUUGUGAGGGUAACGGAUGAAUUUGAAGAGGGAGGCCCGAGAGGCAUAGGACGACGGCGGAGCAACCAUGGAGUAGCGGAGAUAUAAUGAGUCAAUCGGGCUUUCAGGAUGAUGGCGAGUAUGAAGUCAUCAUAGUCGACGAAAAUAAUUCUUCGAUUUUGGCCGAUCACGACGUCACAUUGUCCGGUCCGCCGUCGACUAAGUUAAGCAAAAUCCUGACAAGCAGCAAGUGUAGCGUCCACGCGACGGUUGUUCCUGGCGAGUGAAGUUGGCCAUGUAAUUUACGAAAUUCCGUCAUGUAAGACUCGCUCGUCGCGUCUACCUGCGAGGCAUCACGGGCCGACGAGAUCGUCGAGCGGAUCGUACAGACAUCUCCGACGUAAUCCUUCCAUCAUCGUGUAAUAAAGUACGCUUCGCGUCGCGGGAUUAAUACCGGGAGUGCCGUGCAAAGUGUCGCGCGAUCAUGAGCGACGAUAUCGUCGAUUUUCGCUCGUGAAUGUCGUGAGUGAGUUCGUCGACGGAGAUGCGACAUCGGUGAAGGACCACGGAGAGGAGGAGGAGGG